AUGAACAGUGCUGAACAAUACAAUCUGUCUGCCUAUUCAAACUGUCCAGCAAAUGAACCUGUAGAUUAUCUAAUACUUCUUCAACGAUAUGUUGUGCCUAUUCUAUUUGGAAUCGUAGAUGUUAUCGGUUUUACUGGAAACCUCCUUGUCAUAAUCGUCAUAGCUGGUUACUCCACUAUGCGAAACAGCACAAAUAUUCUCAUCCUAUCUCUUGCUCUAGCCGAUCUUUCAUUCAUCAUCUGCUGUGUUCCUUUCACCGCGGUUGUCUAUGCAUUAGAGAUUUGGCCGUUGCCUGACAUCUUUUGCAAGAUCUAUAACUUUACAACCUUUCUAUCCGCAUAUUGUAGUGUAUAUACUCUUGUUCUUAUGAGUCUCGAUCGGUUUCUCGCUGUUGUUUUCCCUUUGAGAAGUAGGCUAUGGAGAACAACAAAGAAUACUGUUAUAACCCUUAUCAUAAUGUGGAUAAUUCUUAUAGCGGCUAACUUGCCAAUCCCAAUUACAUCGCGAACAUUUUACUGGAUUGAGCCCGAUCAAGAAUUCGGAUGUAAACGGCGAAUGUGUCACAUUUCUUGGAUGGUUCAACUAGCCGAUAAUGAUAUUCCCGUUAAUAUAAAUCAAGAAAAUAGCAAAUUAUUCUAUACUAUCUUCUUUGUGCUAGGUUACGCAUUUCCAUUAGCCUUGAUCUGCUUAUUCUACAGCGUCUUGUUAAAAGAGUUGCUGUGUGGAAGGGUUUCCAAAAUGUCCAAGUCUGUCGAGGCACAUAAAGGCAAACGUAAAGCUACUAAACUAGUUAUUAUUGUAAUAUCAGUUUUUGCGGCCUGCUGGUUACCUAUUCAGGUUAUAUUUAUGUAUCAAAGCUUCUACAGUGAUUCUCCAACAAUAACAUUUCGGGUCUUUCAUGUGAUGGGUAAUGUCUUGGCCUACGCAAAUAGCUGUGUUAAUCCUAUUCUCUACGCCUUCUUCAGCGACUCAUUUCGAGCAGGUUUUGCAUCUCUCAUUUGCAUGGACAAAUCAAAAAUGCGUGACGUUCGCUGUGAAAGCAAUGCUGAUCAAACUGAAAUGCUUUCCGUUAGGAAUUAUUCCAAUCGAAAGCAUGUGGCAUCAGAGCAAGAAGAAACUUUGAAGAAUACUAAUUCUAACAAUAGGAGCAUGAAGAAGACACAUCAGAAAGAGGUGGCGUUUGUAGAAAGUGUUUGCGUUCAUCCACUUACCCAGUAUCCUCCAGAAUGCCCUGAAAAUCUUAUUGAAUGA